AUGAAGUCGGUAAGUUUAAGUAGCACAGCAACAUCCCUCGCCUGGUCCAUGUAGCGAGCACACAAUAUUUACCUCCUUUGUGCUGAGCUACUGGGCCAAACCUCUGUGCGGGCGUCAGGAGGAGGUGGUGCACGGAAACAUGGAAGCAGCAGUAGGACGCGGGCGUGGGCGCGGGCGAGGCGGCGUGGUGGGUGAGGGCGGAGAGCUGGCGGACCUGCGGCGGCCACACGUCCCCCCUGACCUGCCGCAGCCCGGGCCGCACCUCGCAAGGGAAGACGCCGCCAGGCCACCAAAUGUGCAAGACUCAAAAUGCACGAAGACGUUUUCACUAUCAGCAGAAGCUCCAGAGUUUGUGCCGAGAACCUUUGUACAGCCCCAGGCACCGUCACAGGUCCAUUUCCCCAUCCCAGCACAGAACAUGCAGCACAUCCAACAGGUCACAAAUACAAUGGUGCCACAGCCUCAGAUGCAGUACAUGUGUCACCCAGUGGUGCUACAGGUCAACAACCUGGUGGUGCAACUUACUCUAAAACCCAACAGAUUUGACCAGAUCGCUCGACAGUUGACAGCAAUAUUCUCUUGGCAAGUUCAAGAUGAAUUUCUCAUGAGGGAGCUCAUAGCUGUUAUAUUUGAGCAGGGUGUAGGAGAGGUGAACUUCAGGUACAAUGGUGCCAGAUUGUGUCAACACCUGGGCAAGAAUGUGACUCAGUCAUAUAAUGGGCCCACCUUCAGGAGCUUGCUACUACAAAGAUGUCAAGAGGAGUUUGAAGCAAGAGAGAUGUACUUACACAGUGAGCCUGAGAGGGUGUGUGGCUACACGUUAUUCAUGGCAGAGCUCUUCGUACAGCUGGUCACCAUUAACGGCCGGCCAUACGACAUCCUGAGAGGAGCUCUAUGUCAUCUCCUCACCACCUUGCUCUCUCGGCCCACAGAUCCUAAUCUCAAGUGUGUUGCACAAGUCCUAAAGUGCACAGGAAACACACUGGACUGCACCAACCGCAGUGAGAUGGACCAGGUGAUGUGCAGCCUGAAGGACGUGGCCAUGACAGCACCCGUCAGCUCUAGCACACGUUCCCUCCUCCUGGCUGUCAUAGAGCUGCGAGCCUCAAAUUGGGGAUGUGGUCCACCUACCCCUGAUGAGUCACCGGCCAACACUCCAACACACACCAACAUUCCUCUCGGAACAGUGUACUACGGUCCAGGUGGCAUCAUUCAGAGGGUAGAGGACGACCCAGAAGACUCUGCCAGUGACACAGAUGACUUUAUUAACUAUGGAUGGUCGCCAGCAGUGGAGGAGCUGGAGGGAGAUGUGGCAGAAGCUUUUGAGGAAUUUCUUCGACUUCAGCAAUGAGGCUGCCUCUGAAAUGAAGAUUCAUCUUAGUUAGCAUGUGAGAGUGAGUUUGAAUGGUGUGAAAGAGAGACUGAAUGACUACCUGAAUAAGAGACUAAGGAAACCUAGAAAAUAUGGCUUGUAAAAACUAAUAUCUGAGUUUGUUGGUAUUUUUGUCACCGUCAUAAUUUAGAGAAGGCCGCACUGUCCUAAUAGGAGGAGCCUUAUUCUAUGCCUCCACCAGCCUGGGAAGAAGUGCAGGCUGGUGACAACAAUCCAUACUAUGUCUGUAAGAUCUUUAUCAUAGGUAAAAACUUUUGUGGUGCAUCUGUCUUGUAAAUAUUGUAUUGGACUCCUUUUUCUGUACCUAGUGUUCAUGCAAAGCUUUUACUGUGGUUUAGUCUGGACUUGUUAUGUGGGAGAAAUCUCUUUAUGCCUUCUAAGAAAGUUAUAUUCAUAGAACUUGAAGUAAAUGUGUUGAGGAUCUUAACACUUGCUUUUCAUCUAAUGCUUUAUGCAACUUCCAGAUUUUGUUGCCAGAAAAUCAACCCAGUCAAGUUAUUGUUAGUGUUGUGUUUACUUAUGUGCAGACUUGAAUUAUUUUGAGUCUGAAACCCCCUCACUUUACUCAAUUGGAGGAAAUGGAGUUGGGAAGCUGCAUAGUGAGGACAUGUAUCACUAAAUGUGUAUAGAAAGAGAAGAGGGGAGCUUUGUUUGAGAGUAGUGGGGAUGCCUUAAAAGUGUCAUGGAUUCACAUUUGCUUAAUGUCUGAAGUAUGUUGCACAGACGUGGUUUAUUUAUUUUCAGAUUUACCAAGACAAAGUUAUCUUUUCAUCACUGUUUGCAUAUGUUAGAUUAUUGACAAAUAUUUAUGUAUGUAUUCGUUGAUGUAAAGAAACUAAAGUGCUCUGCGGUUAUCUUUUUUAUUUUCCUGACAUGUUUUGUUCAGUAUUAUUCUGUUUUUAAGUAACUUGAUGCUUGGUAAGCCUUUUUGUUAAAGUGUUGAAAUGUGACCUCUACAAUUAUUAUUAAUGAUGGUUAUUUAUCUUCACUAAUAAAUAUAAAAUAAGC